AUGGAUGUAUGUCGCAGGAAGGACCCAGGAUGGCUCCAGCUCAAGCGCCAGUGGGACCUACUCCGUCCACACAAGGAUGCGCUCAAGGACUUGGGCGAACGAAGCCAGUGGCAGCAGGCCUGGACCUACGUGCGAGCGCUGAGGAGCAAAAGCAUCGAAGCAGAUGUGGUGGUCUUCAAUGCAUCGAUGCGCGCGUGCCAGCGAGGCGGCGAGUGGCAGCAGGUGCUGGCCGGCCUAGCCGUUCUCCGGGCGCUGGGGCUCGAAGCCUCGCUGGUGUCCUGGAACUCGGUGAUCAGCGCGUACGAAAAGGCGGAGAAGUGGGAAGAUGGUCUUCGGCAGGUGCAUCAGAUGUACGCUGUCCGUGUAGAUCCCGACUUGAUCACCUUCAAUGCUUCUAUCAGCUCCUGCGAGAAGGGGGCAUGCUGGGAAGCAGGUCUGGCUCUGCUCGCCAUGGCCGAUGCCGUCGGCCCGGAUGUCAUCUCCUUCAACGCAGCCGUAAGUGCCUGCGAGAAAAGUGGCAGGUGGCAAGAAGGCUUGGCAGUGCUGUCGUCCAUGGCCAGCUACCGCCUCACAGCCGAUGUGAUCUCCUUCAACGCCGCCAUCAGCGCUUGCGAGAAGGCAGCCAGGUGGCGUGAAGCUCUUCAGCUCCUGGACGCAAUGGCAGCCGCGGAGCUGCUGCCCGACGUCGUGUCUCUCAGCGCAGCCAUCAGCGCGCUGGAGAAGGGCGGCCGCUGGCGCACGGCGCUGGAGCUUCUAGCUCGCAUGCCGGAGUUCAGCGUCUUGCCCAACAUCUUCGCUUUCAACUCUGUCAUGAGCGCAUGUGCGGCGCAGGAGCAGUGGCAGCAGGCCCUGCGGCUGCUGGACCAACUCCAGAGCGAGUCGCUGACCUCGCAGACCGUCACCUACAAUGCGGCGAUCACUGCAUUUGAGAAGGGGGGUCAGUGGCAACGGGCCCUGCAGUUGCUCGCAGAGGUGGACUUUGCAGGACUUCGGCGGGACAUCGUGGCAUACAAUGCCGCCAUCAGCUCUUGCGAGAAGUGCGGGCAAUGGCAUGCAGCCUUGGCUCUACUAUCACAGAUGAUCCACUCGCUGGUCUCUGCCGAUGUUAUUACAUACUCGGCAGCGAUCAGCGCAUGCGAGAAUGCGGAACAGUGGGAGGAGGCCCUGGUCCUCCUGGAUCAGCUGGCCAUCUCGCGGCUCUCAGCGAACCUGAUCACGUACAGCGCAGCUAUCAGCGCCUGCGAGAAGGGCGCUGGCGUUGGCGCUUUUUCAGCAGAUGCAAGGGCAGCAGCUGCUGCCCGACCUCAUUGCAUUCAACGCCACCAUCCUGUCCUGUCAAAGUGCAGGGCUGUGGCAGCGGACGUUGGCCCUUCUGACCCAGUUGCGUUUGCAGCAGCUGCCUCCUGGUGUCCAAUGCUACAGUGCGAUCACAGGUGCCUGCGCGAAGGGGCGGCAAAUGGCACGUGCCUGUGA